AAUUCUCUACACCACAUCUACAGAUCGAGUUUCCACUUUCCAGAUCGAGAUUCCCUUCUACAAACAUUUCUAGCCCAUCGGAGAAAUCUCUUCUCUUGCUUUUUAUUCUAAUGUCGUUAGCAUCCAUGGAUUCUUCAACGUUGCUCUGCUUCUUUCUACUUUCCGCUCUUCUCUUCCAGCACUCGCUCGCCGCCCGGAGGCUCUCCGCUGAGGUAGAGAAGCAACCGCUUACCAUCACCUACCACAAGGGUGCUCUCCUCUACGGCCCUAUCUCCGUCAAUCUCAUUUGGUAUGGUAAGUUCACCGUUUCCCAGCGCGCCAUCGUCUCCGAUUUCGUCGCUUCCCUUUACGCCGGCGAUUACCAGAACCAGAAGCCCUCCGUAUCUUCUUGGUGGACGAUGGCCGAGAAGUACUACGCCCAAUCGAAGAAGGCGCCGCCUCGUCUUACCCUCGGUGACCAGAUCCUCGAUGAGGACUGCUCAUUGGGUAAAUCACUGAAGAACUCAGACAUUGCAGCUCUAGCGACGAAAGGCAAGCCUCAGCAAGCCAUAAACGUCGUCUUAACGGCGGAUGACGUUACGGUGGAGGGCUUCUGCAUGAGCCGGUGCGCAACCCACGGGUCUUCUCCCCGGUCCAAGAAAGGCCGGUUCGCCUAUAUCUGGGUGGGCAACUCGGCGGUUCAGUGUCCCGGCCAAUGCGCGUGGCCCUUCCAUCAGCCGGUCUACGGUCCGCAGGCCCCACCCCUUGUGGCUCCUAACGGCGACGUCGGGGUUGACGGCAUUGUGAUGAAUCUUGCUAGCAUGAUUGCCGGCACUGUUACGAACCCGUUCGGUGGUGGUUUCUUCAUGGGUCCGGCGACAGCGCCGCUUGAAGCAGCGACGGCAUGCCCGGGGGUCUAUGGGAAGGGAGCUUACCCGGGUUACGCCGGCGAUCUUUUGGUAGACCCCACAACCGGUGCAAGCUACAACGCCAAUGGGGCCGACGGGAGGAAGUAUCUACUUCCGGCCAUCUUUGAUCCGUCAACGGCUUCGUGUUCUUCUUUGGUGUAGUUGGAGGGAGCUUCUGUAGUUAAUCUAGGGUGUUGAGAAAUAAUUAGUUUUGAAUCAUUUGACACGUUUAAAGGGUAGAGAUCGUUAAAUCUUAUAUGUAAUUCUUUCAUUAAUUCAAUAUGUUCAGAACUUUUUUUUUUAGUUUGCCGAUAUGCAUUUCAUAAUUUAUGAUU